AUGGAUCUCGAGCCUUAUGGCCAAAGCUCCGGGCAAAGCUCCCAGCAGCCCAAACAACGACAGAAACGAGUAGGCAAACGUCGACCACGUUAUAAACCUCCAGUCACAGCAUUGUUGUCCUCAGACCCUCAAUUGCGUGGAAACGUCGGAGUGAUAUCGGAGGAUCUAGCACAUCGCCUUUUUGCUCCGCAGACACUACAGAAUGCUGUAGCUGGUGACGGCGCUCUUUACGUUGCAGUCUCGCCGCAUACGCCUUCUUUAUCGUUAAUAGAAGACCGGGCUUGGACAAUUCUCCCAGUUCGGAUUCAACCCACAGUACGGUCUCAGGCCCCGAUACCUCAUUCGACUGUUCGCUUCCCUGAGUCUGCCGACUCUUUCCAAACCCUUUUUCAAACUCUCGGAAAACUUGACUCCUCACGUCAAUCGCUGCAAAAUAUCCGGAGUAUAGAAAUUCAUAUCCUUGAUGUUGCUCCACUCCAUCUGGAUACCAUAUUUGUUACAGUAGAGCGGCAUCUACUCCGUAACCAUGAUGAUGUACAGAACAAGUUUGGUGGUGGCUUCACAUCGAACAACACCAAUGGAACAUGGCCAAAGAACGGAAAGGCGCCGGAAAGCAAACGCUACUCAAAGAAAGAUGCGGCUGAAUUUGAGCAGCGCCUAACAGCCGCAGUUCGUGAGGCUUUGACCACUCAGCGUAUUAUUCACGCCGGCGAUGUGUUACCUCUUCCACUUCCCCCUCAUCCCAUAACGUAUGCACCACCUUCACCAGCACAUAUCUCCUUCUGCGAACCAGUAUCUCAGGGUCUUUUGAUGCCCACAACCAAGAUUGUUCUUGUUCAAGCUCGUUCUCAGGCCCACCGGCCACAACAGUCAAUUUCUACCCGAGCUGCACUUCUCCAUCAAGUCGCCGAAGAUGAGGCUGAUGAUACCUCAAAUGAACAGUUCUUUUCUGCUGCCGAGGACAAACCCAGUGAAGUUGGCACAGAUAUGGAAUCAACCUCAGCUGCUGAUGAAUCAGGAACUGAAGGUUCAGUUGGUUCUGCUAGUGACUCAUCUGAUGACUCUCUAGAAGAUAUGAUCUCUCUCUCAGCCCCUGAACUGCCACAAACUCCUUCUGGAAUCAUGUCUUCCAUCACUUCUGCAACCCCUCGUGCUGGUGGACGCCGAGCGGAUGGUAUUCACACCCCUGGCUCUGUUGCUUCGAACUUCACAGCAGCAACAUUGCGUCCUGGUCGCGGCGGAGGCAAGGUCUUCAAAGUGGAAGGACUUUUGCAGAAAGUCCCCAAUGAAGUGUUACAUCCCCAGCCACGAGAUGAUGAGGAUGUCGAUUCCUUUGUUUUUGUCGAUAUCAGUACCCUUGCCAAGAUUGGUUGCUUCUCGGGCGACUGGGUGCGUAUCGAAGCAGCCGAGGAACCUCAGUUGAAUAUGUUCGCCUCCCUCAAGCUUGGAAGUUUCACCGACUCUCCAGAAGAUGCUGGAGACUGGAGACCUGUGAAAAUUUUCGGUCUGCCAGGACUUCCAUCACCAAAGCCCCGAUAUGCCAUCAACUCAUCUGGAGACCGUCGCUUAAGCUUCUCGCAGCGGGCACCCACACGCCUGACACCUUCAAUAUUCGUCCCGCCCCUACUAUUGAACAAUAUUGAAAAUCCAAAGUACUUGCGCAUCUCACCUUUAACAUUUGCCAGUCCUAACGGGGUAUCGAAGCCUGGUCUUUUGCACCACAUGAAAAACGCUGCUGGAAGAAACCCACCUUUGGCGAAGGAGGUCACCCUUCUCAAGGUCUCUACUCCUCUUUCAAUGGAAAGAGUACUUCAGCCUGCACUCUUUGCUGGUCUCAAGCAGUAUUUUGAGUCUCAUCGGCGUAUCUUGAAAAGUGGUGAUCUGGUUGGUAUCAGCGUGGACGAAGGACUUGGCCGAGCUAUUUUCUCAGGAACCGCCAGUGCCGAAGGUGCCAACCUAGAGGACGAUCUUACUGCCAAGCUCGGACACGCUCCGAAACAUUCAAGUUCUCAGGCUCGCAAGGUCGUCGUGGCAUGGUUCAGAGUUGGUCAUGUGGUUCCGAUAAAGGUCGAAGAGCUGGAGGAGACGGGCGACGAUCAAUGGGGUGGUGUUGCAGUCAUUGACCCGACAAGUACCCGUAUGGUACAGGCUGGCAGCGACGUCAGCCGAGUUCCUGGUGUCAUUGGAAACGGUUGGGAGUAUUGGCUAGGUAUAAAGGCCGUUCCCAAGGCCGUUGGCGAUGUAUCGACACCCCAUGGCAUCGGUGCAGACCCUCAGCAGCCCUUUAUAGCGCCCUUGCAACAUAGGCUACGCGAUUUGAUAUCUGCGGCAACGAGUCCGCGCGCAAUCCAGUUGGGCAUGAAGCCCGUUGUGAUCCUCCUGCAAUCCCAGCAACGACAUAUCGGCAAAGCAACUCUUGCGACUCGGGCAUGCGCAGAUAUCGGCCUCCACACGUUCCCAAUUGAUGCUUACGAUAUUCUGACAGAAGGUGGCGCCAAUGGUGGCGAUGUCAAAACCGAAGCGUAUCUCAAAGCGAGGGCUGAUCGGGCCUUCCAAUGCGGACCUAAUUGCACAGCUUUGCUUAUUCGACAUAUUGAGGUCUUGACGGCAGACCGUAUGGUCACCGCGAUGGCCGAUGUUGUGAGUGAGGCCCGGGUCAUCAUCGCGACUACCAGCGACGUAGAGCAGAUCCCUGAGGGUAUCCGCAGCAUGUUCACACACGAAUUCGAGAUGGGUACACCCGAAGAAAAGGAGCGUGAAGGCAUUUUGCGCAAUGCCGUGGUAGAUCGUGGUAUCAAGCUUUCUUCCGACGUCGAUCUUGGUACUGUUGCGCUAAAGACAGCAGCGCUGGUUGCUGGCGAUUUGGUUGACGUUGUGGAGCGAGCUGCCAGCGCCAGAACUUCUCGCCUCGAGGACCUGGCGGAGGUCGCAAGCAAGCGACUCAUUGACUCGGAAGUGUGUGUGAGGGAUGUUCUACUCGCUGGGGGAGAGAGCGCACGAGGCGUCACGAAGGCUGAUUUCGAUGCUGCGGUUGAGGCUGCCCGUAAGAACUUUGCCGACUCUAUCGGCGCACCUAAGAUUCCUAAUGUCAGCUGGGAUGACGUUGGUGGUCUGAGUAAUGUCAAGGAUGCAUUGGUUGAGACUAUUCAGCUGCCACUCGAACGGCCUGAAUUGUUCGCAAAGGGAAUGAAGAAACGUAGCGGUAUCCUGUUCUAUGGACCACCAGGUACUGGUAAAACUCUGCUUGCCAAGGCUAUUGCUACCGAGUUCUCCCUAAAUUUCUUCUCCGUCAAAGGUCCCGAGCUGCUGAAUAUGUACAUUGGUGAAUCUGAAGCAAACGUGCGGCGUGUGUUCCAGCGUGCACGGGAUGCUCGUCCGUGUGUUGUGUUCUUCGACGAGCUAGACUCGGUAGCACCCAAGCGAGGUAAUCAAGGAGACAGUGGCGGUGUUAUGGAUCGUAUCGUGAGUCAGUUGCUUGCGGAGCUGGAUGGUAUGAAUGGCGGAGAGGAGAACAGUGGUGGCGUCUUCGUGAUUGGAGCUACCAAUCGUCCAGACUUGCUGGACACUGCUCUUCUCCGGCCUGGACGAUUUGACAAGAUGCUUUACCUAGGCGUGUCAGAUACGCAUAGAAAGCAGGCGACUAUUCUGGAGGCUCUUACCAGGAAAUUCGCCCUAAGCCCGGAUGUGUCGCUUGAUCAGGUGGCGGAACAGCUUCCGCUGACCUAUACCGGUGCCGAUUUGUAUGCCCUUUGCUCUGAUGCCAUGCUCAAAGCUAUCACGCGCAAGUCCACGGCCGUGGACGAGAAGAUCAAACAGCUUCCGGGUGCUCCGGUUACUACGGCGUACUUCUUCGAUCACCUUGCGACACCAGAGGAUGUGAAUGUCAUGGUCACGGAAGAUGACUUCGUUUCGGCUCAAAAGGAACUUGUUCCUAGCGUCAGUGCAAAGGAACUGGAACACUUUGAGAGGAUCCGGCAGACGUUUGAAUCUGUUGACAAGCAAAAGCAGGAUCCUGCCGCUGCUCCACAGACUAUCGCAGAGGCCAUGGAGGCUUUCAACCUGGGAGGCGCCCAAACCCCGGAGAUAACCAGCAAUGGCGACUAUUCCAUCGGUGGGAGUAUCCAUGGCCGUCUCAAAGGCUUGAAGAAAUGGUCUGGAGGUGCUCGCAGCGCAAGUGGUCAAUCAGCCUCAAGUGGUAAGGGAAAAGGUAGGAUUGAUGCAGACGAUUCGCUCGAAGGUGGCAGUGAUGAGGGUAAUGUGAAUGGUGCAGUGGAUGAAGGUGACAACAUUGCACAUAUUGAUCAUCUCAUGAAUCCCAUGGAAGAGGUGGAAUAA